AGAAGUAUCCCGUGGAUCUCGCCAAAUCCCCAUUCCCCUCUCCUCUCCUCUCCUCUCCUUGCAGUGAGUCGUCUCUGCUCUCGCCUAGUCGCCUACCCGUCUCCCAUCCUCCCCACCCCUCUCACCGCCGAACCCUAGCGAGCAGAUCGCCGCCGAUGGAUCAGGGCUGGGCGAGCUGGUUCGGCGCCGGCGUCACCUCCGCCUUCUUCGCCUCCCUCGAGCGCUGCUCCUGCAUCAACCUCUCCACCGACGACGACGACGACGACGCCGACGACGCCCUCAUGCUCUCCGCCGCCGCCCCCUCCGACCAGCCCCAGCUCGACGCCGCCCCCGCCGUCGCCGCCGACAAGGAGGAGGGGCAGGAGCAGGGGCCUCCCCUCCCGCCCGUAUGACCCGCUCCCCACAUCCAUCCAUCGCUUGCGUACGCCUUACUCCUCGUCCCGUCUGAGUCCCGUCCGCGUCCUGUGCUCUAGAUCUGAUGAACUGCUGCUCCUGGCCGACUAAUAAAUCCUGCCGAUUUUGUUGCUGGCCAUGUUAAAUUAAUUGAAUUAGUAGUACUAUGCGUGUGUGUGUAUGCCAUGGAUUCCUGUUGUUGUGUUCAUGUGAAUAUCAUCAUGCCGUCGUGUGGUAAUUUCUUUCGUAGCGGAUCGAUGUGCCGGAUGGACGAUGGAUCAAUCUCUAUAUAUCAUCUGUUGUUGAA